GGCACAUAUGGAUCCCUCAUAACCUAAUUUGGCACAUAUGGAUCCCUCAUAACCUAAUUUGGCACAUAUGGAUCCCUCAUCACCUAAUUUUAGUACAAUGGGAUGACACCACUUCAGUACAAGCAGACACAGGCUCGGUCGAGGUGUCACAUAAGUUAUAAACUAUGUUGGUGGCUCACAUAUUUCUUUUCUUCCUCACCCUGACUGUACCCACAUUGGGGCAAUAUGAGCACUGGCAGUAUUAUCCUGAAUAUCAUCAGCCCCAGGCUCCUGACCCACUACCCACCCAGCCACCUAAGCCACCACCAAAAAUUCACGUGCGUCUGGCCGGAGAGAAACGCAAACACAAUGAGGGGAGAGUGGAAGUCUUCUAUAAUGGAGAGUGGGGCACUAUCUGCGAUGACGAUUUUUCUCUGUAUGCGGCUCACAUAGCCUGCCGAGACCUGGGCUACAUGGAGGCAAUUUCAUGGGCACCCAGCUCCAAGUAUGGUAAAGGAGAAGGGCAUAUCUGGAUGGACAAUGUGCACUGUAACGGCAGGGAGAGAAGCAUUGCUGAGUGCAGCCACAAUGGCUGGGGAGUGACGGACUGUAAGCACAGCGAGGAUGUAGGAAUUCAGUGCAGUGACCGGAAGAUUCCUGGAUUCAAGUAUGACAAUGCAUUGGUGGAGAGGCUGGAGGAUAUGCAUAUCCAGGUUGAAGAAGUUCGUAUACGCCCAAUUCUGGCCACAUACCGAAAACGCAUACCCACAACGGAGGGCUAUGUAGAAGUCAAGACCGGUGGCACUUGGAAGCAGGUGUGCGACACUAAGUGGACCCAGAAGAACAGCAGAGUAAUAUGUGGCAUGUUCGGCUUCCCCGGAGAGAGGAGAUACAACCAGAAGGUGUACAAAAUGUUUGCGACUCGCAAGAAGCACAACUAUUGGCAGUUUUCGGCUAACUGCACCGGGAAUGAGGCGCAUUUCUCCUCCUGCACUGUGGGUGGAGUACUCACCCCCGAUGCUACCACUAACGAGACUUGUUCAGAUGGAAUGCCCGCUGUUGUUAGCUGUACUCCUGGAAGAGCUUUCGCCCCUAGUCCGAACACCGGAUUCCGCAAAGCGUUCCGUCAAGAGCAUCCAAUGGUCCGUCUGAGGGGUGGAGCUGGUACUGGAGAAGGACGAGUUGAGGUCCUGAAGAACAACGAGUGGGGAACCAUCUGUGACGAUCGGUGGAACUUGGUGUCAGCCAGUGUGGUCUGCAGGGAACUCGGUUUUGGAAGCGCCAAAGAGGCCUUGGUGGGAGCACAGUUGGGACAAGGAAUGGGUCAUAUCCAUAUGAGUGAGAUCGAGUGCACUGGUUUUGAAAAGUCGAUUAUAGACUGCAAAUUUAACAUGCACUCCACAACCUGCAACCACGAGGAGGAUGCGGGGGUGAGGUGUAAUGUACCAGCAAUGGGAUUUCAGAACCAGGUCCGUCUGAGUGGAGGCCGUAACCCCUAUGAGGGACGAGUUGAGGUGCUGAUGGAACGUAAUGGCACACUGAAAUGGGGCACGGUGUGCAGUGAAAACUGGGGCACACUGGAGGCCAUGAUUGUGUGCAGGCAGCUAGGGCUGGGUUUUGCCAGUCAUGCAUUCCAGGAAACAUGGUACUGGCAGGGGGAUGUGACAGCAGAUGACGUCAUCAUGAGUGGUGUCAAAUGUUCAGGCACAGAGAUGUCUCUUGCACAUUGCAGACAUGAUGGACCCAACCUCAAUUGCCCAAAAGGUGGAGGACGUUUUGCUGCCGGGGUAGCUUGUGCAGAGACUGCUCCGGAUUUGGUCUUAAAUGCCCCGCUGGUUGAGCAGACCACAUACCUGGAGGACCGGCCCAUGUUCAUGCUUCAGUGUGCACAUGAAGAGCGCUGCCUCUCCUCCACAGCUGACCGCACCAGUUACACCACAGGAUACCGACGGCUUCUGCGCUUUAGCUCUCAGAUACACAACAAUGGACAAGCCGAUUUCCGACCCAAGGCUGGACGCCAUGCAUGGGUAUGGCACGAAUGUCACCGCCACUUCCACAGCAUGGAGGUGUUCACACACUACGAUCUACUGAGCUUAAAUGGAACCAAGAUUGCUGAGGGACAUAAGGCCAGCUUCUGCUUGGAGGACUCAGAAUGUGAAACAGAUGUCCAGAAACAAUUUGUAUGCGCUAAUUUUGGAGAACAAGGCAUCAGCGUUGGUUGUUGGGACGUCUACAGACAUGAUAUUGACUGUCAGUGGAUAGAUAUCACAGAUGUGGCUCCUGGAGACUACUUCUUCCAGAUUGUAAUCAAUCCAAACCAGGAAGUGGCAGAAUCAGACUACACCAACAACGUCAUGAAGUGUCGCUGUCGAUAUGAUGGCCACCGCAUCUGGAUGUACAACUGCCAUAUAGGUGGAUCUUACAGCACAGAGACAGAAGAGAAGUUUGAACAGUUCAGCGGGCUCAUAAACAAUCAGCUGUCUCACCGGUAGAAGUGACAGUGAGUUUCCGUCACCUCUUCUACGCCAAGGAGAGAAGAAGACUAUAGCCUCAGCGCUCCAGACAGGCCUUGGGGUGGGGAAGGUCUGUAGCCUGGGGGGGCCUGAGCACCUGCAAAGUGUGAGGCAUGUGUGAGGCAAAUUCUUCCAGCUCAUCUUACAUUCCUUGGUACCGAGCCGACCCAGAACGAUGACCAGCCUGAAGGAACUUGUUCUAUUCCAUCCUAUCCAAUCCCUUAUGUGUCACUGUCCAAAUAUAAGAUGUAUACACGUCACAGUCAUAGGAUUUCCAGGCCAGUACGCCGGAUACCACGAUUCUUCCAAAGAGACAUUACAGGAAAUUCCAGUUAAAUCUAGGGCCAGAGAAUGUGACAGGACAAGUACAGUAAGCAGCAGGCUAACCAUCUGCUGGAUGUAACUUUUUUUUGCUGCCAGGACAGCAAAAUCCCUGCACUACAGUAUGGUACUAGUCAGCAGCCAUGAUGGUGAGCCCUGGAUUAUCAGGGACUGCAUUUUUAGACCAUAUAUUCCUGAUUUUUUCUCUCUAUACUGGGAUCAUUUCAUCCACACUUUAUGGGCACCCACUUGGUUCUUAUGGUGCUAUAAACUCUUAACCAAUGGGCCCGUCAGCACUUUGCUGUUUCACACAUUAAGGUUACACAUCCUACAAGGCCAGAAAUGCUCAUACGUUGUAGCAGAUCUCAAUUCUGGUGUCUAUUCUGUACUCUCUAUGGCCUAGGAAACCAAAAGACACUACCAGCAGAGGCACUAUGUCCACUCAGUACAAAUAUAUAUCUAUAUCCUUUCUGUGUAUGUCUAGGAAUAAAUGAUAACUUAUUAUUA